GUCCCUGCAAACACAGUAUUUAAAAGACACAGUCCUCAAAGGAGAUUUCAGCAUAUUUUUUUCUUUACCUGGACAGAAUCCAAGCUGACAAAUCAGAGUCACAAUGAAAUAUUUGGCGCUGGCUUUGCUGCUCUGUGUCCUGAUGUCGCUGUCAGACUCUCAGUGCAUUUUCAAACUCAGGACACCUGAAAGAGAAAAUCAGACCCAUUGCCAGGAUGAAGUGGAUUUGACAUGGCAUCCUAAAAAGACAAAAUGGAGGAACAGUGUGUGUCAAGAUUGUACUUGUGAUCAAUGUUGCUAUGGGUACGCAACUCCAACAAGAUUCCCUGAAGAUUGUGUUUCUGUUUUUGACCCAAAGGCAUGCCAGUAUGUUGUCCACAAGAAAGACGACCCAUCCGUGCUCUGUCCCAUUUUUGGUGCUGUAGGAAAAUAAUGCAAUUAUUGAUCCGGUUGAUCUAAACAUUCUAAUAAUGGUUUUAUGAAAUGCUAAGAAGAUCCUUUAAUCUGACUUUGUAAAGGACCUUCACAUGCCUACAGAAUAAAAACAGAAUACAAAAAAUGUACUUGUGACAAUUUACACAUUUCAGCUCAGCAUGGUUGUUAUGUGUUUGCACAAAUACAUAAUCUAACUAUUGGUUCAAAUAUUUACUCAAGGCUGACUGUUUCAUCUCCAAAAGUGACAAAGUGACAAACGAUUUCAAGAGAUUUAACCUGUGGUGUCCAAAACUUUUGCCAGGAGUGCCAAAAAUAUCAAGUUGAAAGGGAUCAUUGGCCAAAAAUGCUAGCUAAAAUAAAUUACUGUAAAUUAUUGUUUUAAUCUAACAGUAAGCUAAAUGUGCCAUAUAUUAAUGAAACAAAGUAAUUUGAAUAUAUGAUAACAGUAGAUCCACAAUAGUGUAAUUUCAUUUGGGUUUAUUGUCUUCUCUUUUGGUUUAAAAAACUUUAGUUUAUGCCCAUCUACAAAAACACUGAUCAUUUUUUGUCUAACUGUGUUUAGAUAGAUAGGCGCACCUAGGUCUGCUUUGCUGAAUGUUUGUGGUCCAAUAUAUUUAAAAAAAAAACUAGGAAAAGGAAAACAACAGCUUCAGUUUUAGUAAAUCAUUGAUUAGCAGUGGCAGCCAGAUCAAGGCUGAAAGGACACGGCAAAGUCAUUUUUACACUCAUCUCUGUGGGUCUAGUGUGUUUUUCAUUCCUAAUAAACAGGGAGAACCAUAUAGUGUAUUUCUUUCAAUGUAAGCAUUUGGUGUUUGCAGUGAAUAAGUAAGUUAUUCUGUGAAUUAGUGAGACAUGAAUAUGAAAAAACAUAUUUAGGAGAAUUUAGUUCGACCUUAUAUUAAUGAAAGUGGGAACAAAUAUUCACAGAUACUAUGUGCCUUUUUCUGUAGAUUCAGUGGUUUUCACCUUAAAAAGGGAAAUACAGAAAUGUGGUUGCAGCUGGAGUGCCAGCUGCUAAAAUGAGGUAAUCCAGCUAUUGCUUCAGAUAUUUGAAAGGAAGGAAGUAAAAAAGAAACUAUAGAAAUUCAUACCACAGACACCAAUGUUGAUCAUGCAACUGAUACAAACAUGCUAUAUUUUGCAAUUUACAAGAAAACCUAUGAAAGAAAAUAUAUAUUUUAAUUUACACAAGGAGUAAAUAAGCCACAGUAUGUGCUGUUGAAACCAGAAGUUUAAAUAAAUAAAAUAAAAACA